AUGAGCUCAACACUUGAAAAAAUAAAAGAAAUAGAAGAUGAAAUGGCCAGAACUCAAAAGAAUAAAGCCACAUCAUUUCAUCUGGGAAUGCUCAAAGCAAAGCUAGCCAAAUUACGAAGAGAAUUAAUUGCUCCACAGAAAGGAUCCGGUACAGUUGGGGAAGGCUUUGAUGUUGCUAAAACAGGAAUUGCAAGAGUAGGAUUUGUUGGGUUUCCCAGCGUGGGGAAGAGUACAUUGAUGUCAAAGCUGACAGGGGUUUAUAGCGAAGUAGCUGCAUACGAAUUUACAACACUUACCACAAUUCCGGGAGUUGUGAAAUACAACGGAGCAAAUAUUCAAAUACUUGAUCUUCCUGGUAUUAUUGAAGGAGCCAAGGAUGGAAAGGGACGCGGACGGCAGGUAAUCGCAGUCGCAAAGACAUGCUCGCUCAUCAUCGUAUGCCUUGACGUUACAAAACCCAUUACGCACAAGAAAGUGAUAGAAAAGGAACUGGAGGCGUCUGGUAUUAGGUUGAAUAGACAGCCACCGAAAAUCAGAAUUACGAAAAAGGAGAGAGGUGGCGUUACUGUUUGUGGAGGAGACUUGGAUCAUGAGCUAGUUCGAAGCGUACUCCAUGAAUUUAGGAUAAACAAUGCUGAUGUUAAUAUUUCAGAGCAGGCUACUAUUGAUGAUUUGAUUGAUGUAGUCGAGGGUAACAGAAAGUACGUUCCAGCGAUAUACGUUCUGAACAAGAUAGAUUCAAUAAGUAUUGAAGAGCUAGAUAUUAUUUCUAGAAUUCCUCACACCGUUCCCAUAAGUGCGGAGCAUGGUUGGAACUUCGAUACUCUUUUGAAGAAGAUUUGGGAAUAUCUUGAUCUGAUAAGAAUUUAUCCUAAGCCCAAAGGAUCACCGAUCGAUUACGAUGAACCAGUAAUUUUGAAAUCUAAAAGGAGGAGUGUUGAGGAUUUUUGUAAUGCCAUUCACAGGGAUAUAAUUAAGAAAUUCAAGUAUGCAAUAGUUUGGGGUAGCUCUGUAAAGCACACUAAGCAGAAAGUUGGAAAGGACCACGUAUUGAAUGACAGUGACGUAGUUCAAGUAAUAAAAGGCGUAUAA